GCCAUUUGGCGAGAUUGUACGGUCACCGGUGAAAAAAGUUAAAAUGUUGGCUAUAACAACAUCAAGAUAUACCUGUGCAAAGUAUUGAUUCUAAAUCUAAUUUACGGAAAUUAAGGAGUCAAUUGCACUAAAAUGUAUACAUCACAGUCUGCGGUAUUAUCGGUACCUUUUGCGUCUGCAUUGACGGCGACAUCUACAGAAAAAAUACUCCAUCAACGUUUUCCCAUAUCGGCAUUUAUAUUGGAAUUAUUGAUUGCGGUUGCAUUAUUACUGCAGCCACAAUUGGUUUUAGCGGGCUCAUGCCGCGAGGCCCAACUUUGUUGCAAUGGGCGUGACUCUUCAUGUGUAGUUCAAAAAACUCCGAUUAAUGCAAUCAUUGAGGAUCUCAACGACAAGCCAUGCUAUUGCGACCACGCAUGUUUGAAGCUAGGUGACUGCUGUGUUGACUUCAAGGACUAUUGCGGAGUAGUCGAUUGUCAGGUGAGUGACUGGACCCCGUGGAAUGAAUGUGAUAAGAGUUGCGGCACAGGAGUCACAUUACGAACGCGAAAAAUGAUGCAAGCACCGCAAAAUGGUGGAAAGCAUUGUCCAUCUCUAACACAAAAGCGAAGCUGUCAAGGUUUUCGAUGUCAUGGCGAGCAUGAAAAACGCAUUCUUCGUGAAACAGCACUAAUACUUCCAUUUUCGCUAGCGCAGAUUCAUAACUUCAAUAGAAGUAAAGAGCCACUUUGGCAUAUGCACGAUCCCAAAAGGCAUGACACCAAUGAGUAUUGCAUUGAAUUUGAAGUGGUUAAAACAGCGAAGGAAUGCCACAAAUUGUUACCCUACAAUUUACUUACGGAAGGUGAUCGGAUAGCAAUCCGUUGCAAUACCCGGGAAACCUUCAUCAAAAUAAAUUUACAGAGCGAUGAAAAAAAUGCAAUCCCGAAAAACUCUACAACAGUUAUCGGAGGCAAUUUAUAUAGCCAAGAAUAUCAGCUGGACACAAAUAGUUUUGAAGGCGGUGAUUAUGGUCCAGCACCAUUGGUAUUGGGUACAACGCCUGAGACUUCCAGACACUCGGUAGCUCGUGAUAAUAACAGGAGAGCUUCGGUUAACGUUCGUUGUCGGGGUGAAGGCGUGCCGGGAAGAACUACACGGUGGCGAGCACUGACAGUACCGUCCUGCCGAGGCAAGUGGUUGCGACUUACUUUGGGGACGCCCCGAAAAUGUCCACAUUCUCAAUUUGCAUUUGUUUAAUGACUUGGAACAGUGUGGUUUGCAAAGAUUUCGUUUUCAAUUAAGUUUAAUAAGGCAAAUGAAUUAAAAUCAUGUAUUAAACGAUUAGAGAGGUAACAUAUGCAAUAUUUAAACUAAAAGUUAAGCACGAUAGCGAUUUAGUCUUUUAACAGGAAUUGACUUUAACCUUCUCGUAAUUAUAUGAUAUUUGUAAAAUAAAAUCAAUCCGAACUUCAAUAAAUUUCCGAAGAAGACGAUCACAACAACCCGUAAAAUAAACACCGAGAAAAUAGUGCAUAAGUAAAAUUAUAGUAUGACUCUGUUAAGUUAGAAGUAGUUGAACUUGUACAUGUAUGUGGCACGUGUAAGUAAGGGCGUUCUAUAAUUAGUUUACAUUUAGAUGAAGUAAAAUGCAUACAAGUGUUUUCAAAUGAAUGUAUGUAUGUAUUCAUUAUCUCAAUGCUUAUAUAUCCUAGAGAAAAACUAGUAGCCCCGAGAUAGGGUCCUUAUGGCGAAUUCGGAGUCAUGACUAAUUCACUUUCGAUUUUUAUUUUAAAACAGCUUCAACAAAUUCCAAUAAUUGUCUUAUUCUGCAUUUCCUUGAUCAUGGUUUAGUAUUGGAAUUUCUCGCAAAAAUAGAAUAAAGCCCAUUACAGUAUCAUCAGUUUCAGUGUGGUUGAUACACAGUCUUCACUGGCGAAAAUGUAAACGUCGUCUUACCAAGUUAUUGUGUUUUCUUUUCUCUUUAUUGCACUCUGCACUCUGCCAGGCAAAAUGCAUCAUUUUUACCCUAUACAAAAUUUAAUUUAUCCGUGGACCAAGUUCGACCGAAUAGUUGUGCGAAAACAUUUUUUAUUACAAAAAUGGAAGUAAAUUGCUAAAUUGUAUUAUAUUCAACAUAUAAUUUGUGGAAGGUUUGCAUUUUUCUUGUUCCAUUUUCAUAUGAAAUGGACAGUAUUUUCGCGGGCAUUUUUUUCGAGAAAGGAAAACAUCAUCAGGUUUUCUCUGCCGGGUUACACACACAUACACACAAGAAUUUACCAAUUACAAUUUGUACUCAUACACUUAAAAGUAGUAUCUAUGUAUUUUAGUAUCUACCAUUAUGUAUUAAGUGAAGAGCGAAGAAAUUUAUUUGUUGUAACUUUUCCCAUAUUGAAGCAA